UCUCCCCUUCACAAACUCACAACAUAACCCUCCUUUUUUCCUUUUCCUCCAUUUUUCUCUCUCCUCUUUUUCUCCUACUCUCAGACACUCCACCCAUCCCAUCCCCCAUUUUCAGUUCAAUUCCGCCAUUAACAACCAGACAGACAAUCCUCUCCUCUCUCCUCUCUCCUCUAUUAUCUCUUCUAUCUUCUUAUACUUGAAGUACACAGAGAAACCAAGGAGGAAGAAUACGACUUCUCAACAUCUGCUUUGUCUUUCAUACUCAUAUCGUUUCACAAGACCUUCAGUAGAAAUUUCCUCUGUUUGUUAUUGGAUUCUGUAGAGGAUAAGCGUUUGCUCUUCGUCUUUUUGAGCUUACCAGAAGAUAUACAGGUGUCAGAUGGUAGAUCUGUCUUGAAUUAAUCUUUUUUCUGUACAAUUUAAUUCUCUUAGUUCAUCGGAAAAAAUGAGUUCAUCGGAAGUAUUGAUCAAAGCUACAGAUGAAGGUUCCGCCAUUAAAGAUGGUGGACAGCAACACCACCAACAAUCUAAUGUCGUCGGAAAAGUGGAUCCGGAAACAGCGCUGUAUAAGGCGUUGUGGCAUGCUUGUGCUGGACCUUUGGUGACAGUGCCUCGUCUAAAUGAACUUGUUUAUUACUUUCCUCAAGGACAUAUAGAACAGGUAGAAGCAUCUACUAAUCAAGGUGCUGAUCAGCAAAUGCCUAUGUAUAAUCUUCCUUCGAAGAUCCUCUGCCGUGUUAUUGAUGUACAAUUGAAGGCUGAACCGGAUACAGACGAGGUUUAUGCUCAAGUGAUGCUAUUGCCUCAACGUGAAGAGAAUUUGGUGGAGAACGAGCCUCCCUUGCCUCCUCAGCCGCAUUUUCAUGUCCAUUCGUUUUGUAAGACAUUGACUGCUUCUGAUACGAGUACUCAUGGAGGGUUCUCUGUGCUUAGACGACAUGCUGAUGAAUGUCUUCCUCCCUUGGAUAUGUCCCGACAACCACCAACGCAAGAAUUGGAAGCCAAGGAUCUACAUGGAAAUAAAUGGUGUUUCAGGCAUAUUUUCCGGGGUCAACCAAGGAGGCAUCUGCUUCAAAGUGGUUGGAGUGUGUUUGUUAGCUCAAAACGACUUGUUGCUGGUGAUGCAUUUAUUUUUCUCAGAGGCGAGAAUAAUGAACUUCGUGUUGGAGUGAGACGUGCUAUGAGGCAACAGGGUGUUGUGCCUUCUUCUGUUAUAUCAAGUCACAGCAUGCAUCUUGGUGUUUUGGCUACAGCUUGGCAUGCUUACAACUCUGGGACCAUGUUUACUGUUUACUACAAACCUAGGACAAGUCCUGCUCAAUUCAUUGUUCCAUAUAAUCAGUACAUGGAAUCUGUGAAAAACCAGUAUUCCAUAGGGAUGAGAUUUAAGAUGAGGUUUGAAGGGGAAGAGGCUCCGGAACAAAGGUUUACAGGCACAAUUGUUGGCCUUGAAGAUGCUGAUCCCAAUAGGUGGCGAGACUCGAAAUGGAGGUUUUUGAAGGUUCGCUGGGAUGAAACUUCCACUAUACCUCGUCCAGACAGGGUCUCUCCCUGGCAAAUUGAACCUGCUCUGACUCCUCCGACAAUAAAUCCCCUUCCAGUGACUAGAGCUAAGAGGCCUCGUGCAAAUCUGGUGACUCAAUCUUCUGAUUCUUCUGUUCUUACACGAGAAGGUUUUUCUAAAGUGGCAGCAGACACUUCACAUGGAGGCAGGUUUUCAAGGGUCUUGCAAAGUCAGGAGUAUUCGACCUUGAAACCCAGCCUUGCAAACAGCAGCGAGUCUGAAACUGUUGAGAAACCAAAUGGGUGGACCAAUUCAGUUGAUGAAGAAAAAGUCAAUAACCCCAAUGCUUCACGGAAAUAUCUGUCAGAAAAUUGGAUGUCUUCCAUUAGGCCUGAACCAGCAUUUGCUGAUCUGCUAUCGAGCUUUGGUGUCCAAAAAGAAAUAGCUUCUUGUUUCCCCUCACCUUAUCAAACUGCUGUAAGUUCACCAAUGAAAAAGCAUUUACAUAAUCAAGAUGGGAAGUUUAGCAUGCCGGGAUGUUCCUGGUCCACAAUGCCUGCCAACCUCUCGUUAAAUUUGUCAGAAUCUACUAUGAAGAUCCAUUCACCAAGUGGAAAUGUUUCAUAUCAAGACCAAGAAAUUGCGAGGUGUGGAGGUUUUGAUGAAAUGCCCAUGUUUCGUGGUCAGAGAAUUGAUCAUCAGAAUGUAAGCUGGAUGAUGCCUCCGCCGUCAUCCUGUUUCGAUAAUCAUGCUCAUUCCAGAGAUGUUGCAACACGUCAGAUUGAGCAGGAACCUAUGAAACCAAAGGAUUGGAGCUGUAAAUUAUUUGGCAUUCCCCUCAUUAGUAGCCCUUCAACACAAGACCCUUGUGCUUUGAGCAGAAGUGUUGAGGAGUCUGCAACUCUUCCGUCUCCCUCGUCGCAUCAUUUGCACAACAGUGAGUCUGAUCUUAUUUCAGAACAUUUCAAAGGCUCCAAACAAAUGGAAAACAUGCCAGCUAGCAGUGAGCAGGAAAAGAAAAUGCCGAAUUUCCAAUCACUUUUGAGGGAUUCACAAUCGAAAGGUCAGGGUGGAUCUGGAUCCUGCCGAAGCUGUACUAAGGUACAUAAGCAGGGAAUUGCCCUUGGGAGAUCAGUGGACCUUUCAAAGUUUAAUAACUAUGAUCAGUUGGUUGAAGAAUUGGAUCGCUUGUUUGAUUUUAAUGGUGCACUCAAGACCUCUGAGAAGAAUUGGCUUAUCGUUUACACUGAUGAUGAGGGUGAUAUGAUGCUGGUUGGUGAUGAUCCAUGGCAGGAAUUCUGUGGCAUGGUGCGCAAGAUUUUUAUCUACACCAAGGAGGAAGUACAAAAGAUGGCGCCUAGGACGUUGAACUUCCGGAGUGAAGAUAACACUCCAGCUACAGGAGGUUCAGAUUCAAAAGAAGCGAAACAAUCAAUACCUUCCUCAGCAUCUAAUGCCGAAAGCCAUUAGAAUAUGACCUGCAUUGCUGUAUUAGGUUUCCUGAGCCGACAUCCAUAUAGGCGUAUCUCAUAUCUGCAAUUCUCUGGUAUAUUGUUGUGACUGGGGGGGAGGCUUUGCAAUGAAACCGUCUUCAAGACUGUUUACUCCCAAUUUUGGCCAUAUUCUGGAGUCUUUUAGGCUUCAAGCCAUAUAUACAUAAUUAAUAUCUGUAUACCUGAACUGCAAGUAGGCAUUAUAUUGGCCGUGCAGCCGGUAACAAUCUUGUAAAUAGCCCUUUUAUCCCUGACCAGCUUUUUAAUGUAAGUGCUUGCGUAUCGUAUGACUUAGCUGUUGAGUAAAUUCCAUUUGCUUGCCCUGUCGUAUGAAAGAUAGCGGUGGAUGGGGCGUAAUUUGAGUACAACAUUCUCGGUGUUUAGACGCGGAUUUUACCUAGGGUUGUGGUAGUAUUGUACAGUUAAUUUAUGUAAGUAAUUACCAAUUAAACUUGUAUUAUGUAUGUAGGUUGGUUGGUUCUUACUGAUUUAGCAUGAUUUUGCUGUCAACUACAAAAA